ACCGCGGCCGCCGCGGCCCUAGGGAUGGGCGGAGCCCCGGCCGCUGGUGCUGGUGGCCGCCGCCGCUGCCGGAGCCCGAACCUGAGUCGCCGCCUCUGCUGCCGCGCGUCGCUGCUUCGCCAGGCGGGGGAAUGCUGGGGAAAGGGGGAGUCGGCGGUGGCGGCGGCACCAAGGCGCCCAAGCCUUCCUUCGUAUCGUACGUGCGUCCUGAGGAAAUUCACACAAGUGAAAAGGAAGUAACAGAGAAGGAAGUCACUCUUCACUUGUUGCCAGGUGAGCAACUGCUUUGUGAAGCCAGCACAGUCCUGAAGUAUGUGCAGGAAGAUUCCUGUCAGCGCGGUGUCUAUGGGAGACUCGUCUGCACUGACUUCAAGAUUUCCUUCCUGGGGGAUGACGACUCAGCCUUGGAUAAUGGCGGUGAAACUCAGUUUAAGAAUAAGAUAGUAGGAGAAAAUGAUGUUCCCCUUCACUGUGUGGAUCAGAUUUAUGGAGUGUUUGAUGAGAAGAAGAAGCCUCUGUUUGACCAACUGAAGAAAUACCCAGAGAAGCUUAUUAUCCACUGCAAAGAUCUGCGGGUGCUACACUUUUGUCUGAGGUACACAAAGGAAGAGGAAGUCAAAAGGAUUGUCAGUGGCAUAAUCCGUCAUACUCAAACUCCUAAAUUGCUGAAAAGACUGUUUCUGUUUUCCUAUGCAGCUGCUGUGCACAGCACAGCCACUGAUCCUAGCAAUGACACUGUAAUGUUUGACACACCUAAAGACUGGUGUUGGGAGCUGGAGCGGACCAAGGGUAGUGUGAAGUACAAGACAGUGAGUGUGAAUGAAGACUACAGGAUCUGUGACAGGUUGCCCGCAUACUUUGUUGUCCCCGGUCCCCUUCUCGAAGAGGAUGUGUGGCGUUUUCAGGGCCGUGGCAUACCAAUCUGGUGUUGGUCCUGCCACAAUGGAAGCGCCCUUUUGAAAAUGUCAGCACUGCCCAAAGAGCAGGAUGAUGGUGCUCUGCAGAUCCAGAAGAACUUCUUGGAUGGAAUUUACAAGACCAUUCACAGGCCACCCUAUGAAAUUGUCAAAACUGAAGAUUUAUCAAGCAACUUCCUGUCCCUGCAGGAAAUCCAGAAUGCAUACUGUAAAUUUAAGCAGCUGUUUCUGAUAGAUAACAGUACAGAAUUCUGGGACACGGAUAUAAAGUGGUUUUCUCUCUUAGAAAGCAGCAACUGGCUUGAUAUAAUCAGACGCUGCCUGAAGAAAGCAAUAGAGAUUACAGAAUGCCUGGAAGCACAGAACAUGAAUGUUCUGCUCUUGGAAGAGAAUGCGUCUGACCUCUGCUGCCUCCUCUCCUCUCUGGUGCAAGUGAUGAUGGACCCUCACUGUCGAACCAGGACUGGGUUCCAGAGCCUCAUCCAAAAGGAAUGGGUCAUGGGUUGCCACUCUUUCUUGGAUCGCUGUAACCAUCUCCACCAGAAUGACAAAGAGGAGGUCCCCGUGUUCCUGCUUUUCUUAGAUUGUGUCUGGCAGCUGGUGCACCAGCACCCCCCAGCAUUUGAGUUCACAGAGACUUUUCUGACUGUUUUGUCAGAUAGCUUAUAUAUACCUAUUUUCAGCACCUUCUUCUUCAAUUCGCCUCAUCAAAAAGAUACUAACAUGGGUAGGAAAAGUGUGAAUCCACAAAGCAAGCCUUUGACUCUGCUCACCGUGUGGGAUUGGUCAGUACAGUUUGAACCCAAAGCACAGACAUUGCUCAGAAACCCUCUCUAUGUGGAAAAGCCAAAAUUGGACAGGGGCCAGCGGAAAGGAUCACGUUUCAAACAUCAACGACAACUUUCUUUGCCACUUACCCAGUCUAAGUCAUCUCCCAAAAGAGGAUUUUUCAGGGAAGAAACAGAUCAUUUAAUCAAAAACCUUCUAGGCAAGAGAAUUAGUAAGCUUAUUAACUCUUGUGAUGAGUUCCAGGACAACUCUCGAGAGUUUUAUGACAGCUGGCAUAGUAAGCCCACAGACUACCAUGGGUUGUUACUGCCUCACAUCGAGGGGCCAGAAAUCAAGGUGUGGGCCCAGCGCUACUUACGUUGGAUUCCAGAAGCCCAAAUCCUGGGUGGUGGCAGAAUGGCUACUAUGAGCAAACUCUUGGAAAUGAUGGAGGAAGUGCAGAGCUUGCAGGAGAAAAUCAAUGCGAAGCCCCACAGACAGGAGGCUGUCCACACACAGGCACCGUGCCUGCUCAGGAACUCUGCCCGCUUGUCCUCCUUGUUCCCAUUUGCGCUGCUCCAGCGACACCCGUCCAAGCCUGUCUUACCCACCAGUGGGUGGAAAGCUCUGGGAGGAGAAGAUGACCUGGCCAAACGAGAAGACGAGUUUGUGGACCUAGGGGAUGUGUGACCUGUCUCCUCAGGGACUGUGGAAGAGGCACGCCGGAGGGUGGAUCAGUUGUUCCCUGGACUGGUGUCGUGUUAGCGCAGUGCUGUGUAGGAGAAAGCGGAGGCUUUCAGGAAGAGAACUGCUUCUCCUUUUCUUUCCCAGGUCUGAAAGAUGAUGCAAUUAAAGCUGUGCCUCUAGUA